UCUCUAAACAAAAUAAUUUUUUAUACACCCAAUUUAAUAUAUCUCCUUUUCUAUCUUUUUAAUUUUUUAAUCUCAAUUUGGACGGUCUUGGGAAAGUUAAAGGAAAACCCCAAUUACCUCCACAAACAAAAAGGAUUCAUUUUAUCUUAACAUUUUCAUUUCCAUUAGAAAUUUAAAUUUCACUCUUUUUCUCUUUGUCAUAGUUUCUUUUUCUUUCUGCACCAGCCUAUUUUCUUAAAAUUCAGGAUAUUAAUUUUAUGUAAAAAAAUUUGCAUCAAUAUUUUUGUUAAAAAAAAAUUACAUGCAAUUCUGAUAUCAAAUUUUGAUCCAAGUAAAAUUCAUGUAAAUGUUGCAAAGUUGAAGACUUUCUGCUACUUGUUGCAUGUCAGUUUCUCAAGUCUCAGUUUUGAUUUUUAAUUUUUGUGCUUAAAUAUUCUUUUUCGAAAAAAAAGUUUUUUUUGUUUUUUUGGAAAAAAAUAGUGAAAAAGUUUUGUGAUGGUUUCUUUGAGUGAGUGACUGAAUUUGAAGAGGAAGCAGAAAAAAAGAAAUGAGAAAUUGACGUGUGUGGUGUUUGUCUGGCUGAGAUUUUCAAAGUAGUUUCAAACCAUGGAGUCGAGCGCCGGCGGCAUCAGCGGCGGCGUUACGGUGGUCGGAUCAGAUGCUCCGUCGGAGUAUCAAAUAGCUCCGAGGACAGAGAACCCUUCUCCGGCAGGAGGAUCGGCCGCGCCAAUCCCUGCGCCAGCUCCGACGAACCAAGGCGGUGCUCUGCCGCAUCCUCCGCCACAUAUGGCGAAGAUGACAUCGCCUCCGGCAACAGCGCUGGGGAAGAAGAAGAGAGGGCGGCCCAGAAAGUAUGGCCCAGACGGGUCAGUGGUGGCGCUGUCCCCAAAGCCAAUAUCGUCUUCGGCACCGCUGGCGUUGCCGCCGGUGAUCGAUUUCUCGGCGGAGACGAAGCGCGGGAAGGUGAAGGCGGCUGGUACAGUGAGCAGAGCCAAGUUUGAGGUUGAGAAUUUAGGUGAAUGGGUUGCAUGCUCGGUUGGUGCUAAUUUCACACCCCAUUUCAUCACUGUUAAUCCUGGGGAGGAUGUUACUAUGAAGGUAAUAUCAUUUUCUCAGCAAGGCCCACGAGCUAUAUGCAUUUUGUCAGCAAAUGGAGUCAUAUCAAGUGUUACACUUCGUCAGCCCGAUUCUUCUGGUGGCACAUUGACGUAUGAGGGACGUUUUGAAAUUCUAUCUCUAAGCGGCUCGUUCACACCAAGUGAAACUGCAGGAACACGAAGCAGAUCGGGUGGCAUGAGUGUCUCUUUAGCAGGUCCAGAUGGACGAGUUAUAGGUGGUGGAGUCGCUGGUCUAUUGGUGGCUGCAAGUCCCGUGCAGGUAGUGGUUGGAAGUUUUCUAGCAGGGAACCAACAUGAGCAAAAGCCAAGAAAACCAAAACCUGAUAUUAUAGCAUCAACUGUGAUGCCGGCUGCGAGUGUUCCUGUGUCAACGGCCGAUCCAGUUGCUGUUCUGCAAUCGCAGGCUUCCUUCCGAGGAGAUAGUUGGUCUGCUGUUCCUGCAGAUGUGAAUAAGAACAAGCCGGCUGACAUUAAUGUGUCGCUUCCUGGAGGGUAAUUAAUUGAUGCCGGGAGCUAUUCUGGCUUCGAUCCAAUCUGCAUUCAUGAUUGCUGCUGACAAUGUGGUAAUUGGGUUCCUAAUUGUUGGUUGGACUUGUUUAUUUCGUUGUGUCUGUAACAUUAUUGAAUGUGUUAUUUUGGAACCGUAAUGUUUUCAGAGGCUCACUAGGUUCUUGUCCAUGUAGAAUUGAUUUAGCUGAUUAGGUAUGUUUUCUUCAUGAAUUUAUGUCAUUAGAUUGUUAAAAGCGAAUUUAUUCCUUCUAUGAUGACAAUUUAAUUUGAGAAUGAUUUGAUUGAUUUC